AUGAAAGACAAUCUGCUACGAGCCACGCGGUCUCGAUCUCCGUCUCCUCCUGGUUCGAUCAGCAGCAAUAUUGGUCGAGUACCGAGUCGAGAAGACUUUUCGCACUCUUCUCACCGCAAAACGUUUCAAUCUCGAUUGGUGCAAUCCUUGUUGGUCUUGUUGGGGGUUACCGUUGCCGUGCAUCACUUGCUCCUGACAUCUCCAUUGCUGCAGUCCAUGGUGGGUGCCGGACGUGAGAAUGAAGAUGCUCCGCAGAAACAACAACGCGCUCUGCUGGGCGACGGAAUGAGUUUGGAAUCCCUCAGUAGUUCCGUGGCCACCAGUCAAUUGUCCGUCGCGGAAAAGGAAGGAUUGCUGCGGACCAUUGAACAACUCACGCAACAAAAACUACGACAAGGCAUGCCUACGGCAGCUCCUACUGCCAGUCCUACCGUCAGUCCCACCGCAUCUCCCACAGCCAGUCCAACGGUGGCUCCGACGGCGUCUCCCACAGCGUCUCCCACAGCCAACCCGACUUCUAAAGCAACAGAAGAAGUAGUAGUAACCGCCAAAAACCAUUCUGCCGUCAUUACCGUAUCGGAUCCCCAAAUCAACUUGACGGAAACCGCGGCUGUGACCAUUAACAACCUCACUCCGAAGAGCCCCUACGCGUACAUGUUUGUCAUUGGCGGUAUUCACGAAGACCGACCCGCCUACAAGGGAUUUGUCUACGAUGUGCUCGUCGCAACGCGUCUUCUUCGCAAACUCGGAUCCACCGCCGAUGUCGUUCUCUUUACGCAAAUGUCUCCCGAUUCUCCACUCGAUGCUCUGCCGCAAGAAGACACGGAUCACUUGCACGCGUUGAAUAUUCAAAUCAUUCCAUUGCCCAAACCCAAUCGCGAAUCCUUUGCCGGAUUGGUCUUUGAAAAGUUUCGCGCCCUCCAAUUGGUCCAAUACCGACGUGUCAUGUUUAUGGAUGCCGAUGCCAUUCCACUUGCCAAUCUCGAUUACAUGUUUCAUCUUUCGGAUGCAGACCACAAAUCCACACCGACCUUUUUGAAACCCAACAUGAUUUGGGCCACACGAGGAGAACCCUGCAAUGCCGGUCUGUUCAUGCUAGAACCAGAAGCCGGAGGAUGGGAACGAUUGCAAGCCAUUAUUCGACGCAUGAAGGAAGAAGGCAAGCAAUUGCCCUAUCCACAUUUCAGUUGGAAUCGGGGAUGGGGAUAUGACUUUGAAGCCGAGAACGACGAAUGGCAUGGGACUAUCAAGUACGGAAAGAAAUGGAGGUACCAUGCCGGACAUUCCGAUCAGGGAUUGUUGUACUAUUGGACCAAAUUCUACAAACGCAACGUGUCUAUUAUUAUUCAAGAUAAGAUUGAGAAUUGGAUUGAUGCCGGCGUGAAUGCCAACAAGACGAUUGAUGGAUUCUCCAAACCCACGCUUGAAAUGAAUUUGCGGUUGGAACCGUUGGGACCGUACUCGCACGAGAAUCCACUCGUUCAUCAGUUCAAUUGCGAUGAGGAAAAACAUCAACAGGCAUCCAAAUACAAGAAACCACAUCAGUGUGUGGUGCCCUAUCGGGAUAUUGCCCACUUUAUGGGAGGCAGCAAACCGUGGAUGAUUCCCG